UCGUGCGGCGCCUCCACCACGCAUUGCGUCACGCAACCUAACCUCGCUCUCUCUCUUUUUCUCGGUGGUGCUCGGCGGAGAAUAUAUAGGUUUCUCCGGAAGCGGCCGACGCGCCGGCCGGGUGCGCACGUACGGGGGCGCGCGAGCAAGCCGGGGGUUGCACGGAGUGAGCAGUGUGCUCGCAAGGGUUGCCUCGGCUUGCCAGGCACGCCGUCAGUGCAGCCGCCGGUGUACCACCAGGCGGAGGAUAGUACGGCGAUGCGUUUGGCUGUGAGCUGAGCUGAGCUGUGGUGAGCGCGUGCGAGAAGAGGAGAGGGCUCCUUCUUCUACGCUCAUCCUGUUCGCGACUUGCCUCGGAGGGGUGAGGAGGACAGGACGACAAGGAUGCCAGCAGCCGGUGCUGCGGCCGUGCCGGCUGUCGCCGAGGGAGCCGGUCAGCUGGAGGACCUGGACGAGCCACCGGAGCCACGUGCUCGCGGCGGUGGUGGACGGACCGGCCUGAUGAAACCCCUGGUGGUGUUGGCUCUACCCGGGAUGUACCUCUUUUACAAGUACAGCCAGUAUAGGCGGGAGCAGCGCGAGCUAUCUCGCAGAAGAGUCACCGAGCGGGAGCUACAGCAUCUUCAUCAUAAAAUCGACAAGCUGCUGACGAAACUGGAGGAGAACGAGCCGGAGCUGGCAUCUUCCCAGGAAGAUGAGUGCGUCAUAUGCGUGAAUGCGAGGGCGACGAUGCAAACAGCGCCGUGUGGGCAUCGAGUGGUGUGUAGACGCUGCUUCGUCAAGACGAUACAAACGGCAGUGUCUCAGAGGCUCCUGCCGUUGAGAUGCGUUAUAUGCAGAACGAAGAUCCUACGGUUGAAGCAGACUCUCAUUCCGCGUGACUAUUCGAUGUCGGGAAAGUCCUGGGUACUGCCUCAAAGCGCAUCGGAGUACAACAUGGGCACGGGUGUAACCGCCGGUGUAUCCGGUCCCGGUGGCAGAUGGGGAACCGGAAGCGUACCAGCCUCUGCCUCUUUAUACUCGAUGGCCAGCGGUUCGUCCUCCAUUUCUGGAGUGUCUUCCGUCUCAUCGGCAACUUCCUCGUCCGCGCAUAGCACCGGAAGUUCCACUCUCGGCAAACCUACCAGGGUACGACAACCCAUAGGCGCCACUCUCAGACGUUCCCAGACGCAAUCCAUGAAAAUGCGAAUUCAGGAGUAUCAGGAUCCGGUUCAACAAAUCAGCGAGGAGGAGGAGAUCCGGGAGCGUCGAUUGCCGCCAAUCAAAGAGUUCCAGAGGGACUAUCGCGCUGGCAAGGCCUCCACUAGGAUCAGGUGUGCUCAAAAGAUCGUGACGCAGCUGGAAACGUCACCGAGCCCGAGGGUCACGACGUCUGGUGUCACUAAUACAUCGUCGUCGUCGGCAUCGUCGUGCGGUCGCGCCGCAUCGAAGCGGCCGGCGUCGACGCCGAAGAUGUCGGUGGUCCAGGAGGUGCAGAAGUCGAAGAAGGAGAAGGAACGGGAGAAGGAGCGCGAGAAAGCGGAGAAGGCGCGACAGAAGGAGGAGGAGAAGGCGGAAAAGACGAGGCAGAAGGAGGCGAAGAAGCUGGCGAAGGAGGAGAAAAAGAGGGCGAAGAAAGAAGCGAAGGCACGGCGGAAGGAAGCCGAGGAGGCCCUUCUGAGGGACGAAAAGUAGAGCUCUUCCUCCCGUUUGUGAUCGCGCUGAAGUCUCGAGAUGAGAGGUCGAUCGUUGCCGUACGGGCGUACCUGAAGAGUCCUCGACGAAGUAAACGGCCGGGUAUAUUUCCGGGUACCCUGUUCGUCGCGGAGGAUCGAUAUCGUGUACGGGAUGAGUCGCGGAUGUUCGCGACGCAACUGCAAAUGUUAAGUGGCUCUUUGUGAAGGACGUCGUCUCUUGAAAAUUCUAUCAAAUAAUGAAUAUGGCCUAGCGCGAAAGAUGUUUUCCGAACACUCGGCACGAUUAUAAAGAUUGUGUCGAUGUUAAUAAAUCCGAGGUAGGUCAGCCGGUAUAUUCAUUCGGUUUGUUCGUUGCUUGAAUGGAAGAUCUCGACAAUUGCCGGCGAGCAAUUGUCUCGAACAGUCCGUAACUCGUCCCAAAUUACUCGUCAUUUCGUAGACUCGCGUAGAAGACGAUGAGAGGAAGUAUACCUAAAAAAAAAAAUCUAGAAGCGGCCAAACUUAGUAAUCUGUCAUAUCGAGUUAUCGCGGACUAAUAAUAUUAUCGAUAGGAAAAACUCGAACAUAGCGCCACAAUUUAGAAUCCAAGCGAAUUGUUUUCAAUCUUAUUACUCCUGUCGAUUUUUUCAAAUUAUUCCAAAAUCGUGUCCCAUCUUUUGAAACCUACUUGAAUCACGUUCUGCCAAAAUCUAGUAUGAGAUUUUCAUUUAAUUCUCUCGACACUCGACAAAAUCUUAGAGUUAAUAAAGACGUCGCGCAGACGUGAUCUCGACGAUUAUAAAAAUCAUCCUAUAAAGUACAUUUAAUUCCCAGUUGAUUCGCUUGCGCGACGAGCAUCUUCGCCGCGACGUUUAAUCCGCCAAUCCGAGAUAAUCGAUAAUCCCGUUCCUCCAGUCAAUUUAGACCAGCCAUCGACUACGAAAUUAAGAAGAAAAAACACUCGAUUUUUUUAUUUACAUCAUACUCCAACAUCUCAUCUUAAGAAUUUAGAGAAUCGCGCGGAGGGCAAAGUGCUUGCAAAAUAUAAAUCAAAUUUUUCUCUCCAUUUUAAUAGUGACUUUAGUGAGAAAAUUUGCGUGCGAACUGAUGUGUACUUUCGAAAUAAUACCUACAAAAGUAAUUUGAGUAAUUUAAUUUUUGAAGUUCGAAAGAAAAAAAAAUACAAGAUGAAAUUUAUAGCCUUCUUUUUUUCAAAAAUUCGCCACUGGAUCAAAAGAGAAAGGUGUCGCAAGCAUUUUUCUUCGCUUUCCACACUUCGCACACCCCACAAUCAAAUACUCUCCCCUCCAUCAUUUAUCGUAAAUUGUAAAUACACCUGGAGAAUUUCACAAGCGAAGAGGCGCGAAGAACUUUCGCGCCGCGAGCAAAGUCGUACGAGGGUUAGCCUAAUAAGAUCGAUUUGUUAAAAUGUGCAAGAGGGUAUAUACCUAAUAACGAGAUAGUCUUAUAUAGUACAAUAUACACACAUUUAUAAAUAUAUAUAUAAAUAUAUAUAUAAUUAUAUAUAAAAAUAGACACACAGAGAGCAGAAAAAAUUUUUGAAACGCAGCGCGUGUCUCGUUACUGUUCGUGAAUUCGUAGGCUCAUAGGAAAUUCUUGUUAUCGAUCACCCUCGGUUCGACCCUUUUUCCUCGCUCGACACUUCGCGGGCAACUAUUACCUAAACGAAUUAAGUAAUUAAUUAUGAAAUUGCUAUGCUCUACGACGUUCAAUAGAUUCCUCGUGCAGAAUUUUAAGAACGCAAGUUACAUGACACUUACGUGCUGAUAGCUUUAACGAAGAAACCCCAGAUAAAUACAAACGCAUACACACACACACACACACACGCAACAUAUACACGACACGCAAAAGUUCUUGACUUUUUAAAAUUUUGUCCCUAAUCUUGAUUGUCUAUCGCCUCGCGAGUCUCCCGUAAGCAGCCAAAAAUCAAAAGCAAUUUUUUUAUGAAGUCUACACGUCAAGAUUAACUUGCGCAGAUCUCGAUAUCAAAAAAGAUGAGUGAAUAGAAAAGUAGUUGAGAGGCGAAAAUCUAUCAGCUAGAUGGUGAAGAAUUUCGCCGACGGGAAAAUUCAACGUUAUUUUCAGCGAUGCAUUUAAUAUGACGCGCGAUGACGGUUUGAUAAUAAUGACAAUACUUCUUUUGUAACCGGAAGAGAGCGCAAGCGAGCGUGAAAUUUUUCGACAGCCAUAAUAAAGCUGUUGCGAGCUGUCGCUAUUAUGAUAGCGGGACGGGUGAGAAAGUCUCAAAUGUCAUUUCUUGUCCUUUCGUUCAAUCGCUCUGUGGGAUCGAGCUCGAUGCACAGUUUUAAUACAAAUGAAAGAUAAUCAAAUGAUCGGACGGUGUGUUUUAAGAAGCUACGAUAUAAAAAUAUACUAUAUUCUGUAAUAUAGAUUUUCGUAGAAAUCGCGAGCCAUACCAAAUGUACAAAUUUCAGUUCCUAAAAUUGUGAUAUUAAUUGUAAUUAAAAUUAUGUAACAGUGAAGGACAAGGUAACGUUUAUUUAAGAAUUUCCCGUAAUCUCUUCUGUCAUAUAUCAACAAGACAAAGUUAAACAUUUUGAAUAUUCUAUUCAUAGAAAUUCUGGUAUGGUUCGACGAUUUAGAAAUCAAGUAGUGACAAUGAAAGUAGGAAUCAGAAUUGCCAAGAAAGAAAAAACAAAUGAAUGCGGAAAAGCAUUCGGAAAGAAUUGGAUUCCAUAUGUAUAUUAAAAGCGAUCGUGCACAUAUCAGUAGUAAUUAGUAAAUCUUAAUCGGCGUUCUCGUUUAGGCCUCAUUGUCCCGUUUUAAGACGAUCCAAUUUCCGACUCUCUCUCUCUCUCUCUCUCUCUCUCUCUCUUUUUCUCUCUCUACAUCAGUGAGUACCGGAGUAAUAAAGUGAUUAAACGAUACAAUCACAAUGAGGUUAAUUCGACAAUGCUAGACUAAUUAGCAUGUAACGUUAACCGUCAAUUAUAUACCCGUUGCAUCGAUCCCAACUGUGACGAGCCCGACACAUACUCAGCAAACAAAAAAAAAAAGAAAACGUAUGAAAAAUGUGAAUUCACGUUUGAUUUAUAAGCAUCGUGAAGGCAUACACGAAAGAAAAUAUAUUGGAAGAUACAAAAAGAUAUAAAAAGAUUGAAGAAAAAGAUAAUUAUUUAAUAAAAAUUAUUAAAUAAAAGAUGGAUGACGAUAAAGACCUCGAUCGACUAGUUGUUUUUAUUUUAAAUUGAUAAUAUUAUUAGUAAUUAAAUAAUUAAUUAUUAGUAAUUAAUAAAUGUAUAAGUUGAAUUGAAAUUUACUUUAUUUACAGUAACAAAAGCAUGAUUUAUUUUUAUUUUUUUGUCCUUUAAAUACUAUACUUAAAAAAGACUGCCCUGGAAUAUUGUUGAUACAUCAAUAAAAUAAAUAAAUAAUGACGAAGUUUAUUGAAUGAGGUUCAGGGUGUUUUUCAUUUCUUAAUAAAUAUUGAAAUUAAAAAAAUAUUUUUGUAUUUUCUAAGACUCCAUAUUUUUUCUAUAUUUACUAAAAUAUGAAAGAAAAUCGAUUUCGCAUAUUUAAAAAAAAAAAAGAGAUUUGGGAUUUUAUCGUCACCCAUCCUUCGAUUAAAAUUUAAGAUUGUAGACAAAUUUUCGAGAACUUAGAACACAAAAAUAGGAAGAUCUUUGAAUACCGGGAUAUAAUCGAGGAUCACUAUCGUCACAUUGAGCAUCUAGGAAAAUUUCCUAAUUUUCCUUGCGGGCUCAUAAAUAUAUGCGAGUGCGAGAGACUUUCUCGAAUCCCGAGGAAAACGGAGGGAGCGUAAAAUUAAGCGAGCGGGAGCGCGGCGAAAAAGCGCGAGGCCAUCGUCAAGUCAAUUUUAUCCAGCACAUCGUGCAUAUGACGUUAAGCUCGCGAUACUGGCGAUGAUGACCUUCGUGGCAACGAUAAAAUCGAUUCGAUUUCUCAAAGUCACGCCAACGGGAAAUGCCUAUGUCCGCGACGAGAUCGCAUCCGGACAAAAGCGCGGGAAGCGAGGGUUGGUUUCGUUGGACGGAUCUCGCGCACGGCGCGCGAGUCUCUUCAACGUGCAUGAUUUCUUAAUUCCUGCAAUCGCAAUCUUCAACUAUCGUAGCUGAAUCUGCAAAACUAUCGUGCGAGAGAGACUAAUUUAAUCGGCAAAAAUAAAUAACAUUGUAAUGCAUCUCGCGAAUAUUGAUACAAUCAAAAGCAAAAUGUCAAGUGUCUCUUCACUUAUUUAGGAACAAAUAUCUAUUUAAAAAAAAUCGCGCUCUUUUUCACGAUAGUUAAGGAUCUCAUUACGACAGUUUGAUUAACAAUGGAGAGGCAAAAGAAGUUGCGAGGCAAAAAAAGGAUAGCGUAAUUCGUUGGCAAUAAUAUUCGAGCUAAGGAGAGGACAAAAGUGUGCGGACAAAGAGGGACGAUCGCGUCUCGUUUAAGCUAUAAUACGAAACGCGUAUAUCACGAUUAGACGUAACGAGAACGAUUUUAUCGUACUUUAUUAUAUAAGACAGAAUUUGUAGACGAAUUUAUAUUAGGCCGAUAUCGACACGGCGAUCCCCUUAUUCUGUACAAAGGAUGAGACACAAUUGUCGCGUUGGAGUUUCAGCGCAAUGCUCGCGUAACAACGUGGAAUGAAAUCCCGUGCAUAUUUCUAUCUUUUACAGAAAAUAUCGAGGUCUUUUGUUUAGACGAAGCUAAAUGUUUGUCUUCUGUUCGACACGCCAGCUGUACCGUUUCAUUUCUCUUCUUAAAUCUCUUCGCAACAAUUUUUUUCUUUCUCGAGAUCAAGACAUUGUACGAUCUGAGAGACUGUCACGAGCGAAAUCAAGAAGCAGUGGUUGUAUGAAAUCAAAAUUUAUAAAUUCAUGGCGAUCUCACGGCUCCUCGAUUAUUCGAUUGACGCUCGUUACAUUCCAAGCGCGUCGAAAUACGCGAAUACUUGAUAUUAGUAACGGUAUGUUUAUAUAUCGUAGCGGAAAAAUAAGCGCCAACAGCUAGAGGACAAGCGUAGCGUUUUCGUUUUCGUCGAGCUUCUUAGAAAUUUUCAGAGGGCGACGUGUCCUCUUCCCCCUUCUCGAAAUGUAUACAAUAUAAUCUUCGACUGCAUCUCGGAUCUCAUUGACUCGCGCUUGACAAAUAAGACGAGAGAUAUUUAAAAGAAAAAAAAAAAGAAAGGCUUGAGCGGUUGAUUUUAUCGAGUCUAUUUUUAGUAGUUUUGUUCAAAGACUAAACAGACAAAGGGAAAAAGAAACGAAACUUAUAUGAGAUUAUAUAUUACGCGAUAUGUUGCGAUCUGUAAGAAGAAGAUAAAUAGAUAUAAACAACAAAUCAAAUAAAACGUUACGAUCAAUGUUAGCUGAA